AUGAAUUGGGAUAUACGCAUACUCAAGACCAGCGGCGGCUAUAAACCGGAUAUGGCCAUGUCGACUAGUAGUUACAGGGGCUCCUUAUCGGCUACCCCAGACCCCUCAUCCAAGUCUCACAAAGCGACCGGAGGAGCCUCAUCUUUAUCCUCGCCCUCGCCCUCAUCCUCGAGCCGCAAGAGGAAGCGUAAGAUCAAGAUCGAGACAGACAACGAAGACGCAAUGCCUGCGCAAGCAGCGGUCAAAGCCCGGUCGGCCAACGCACGCAAAGUAAAGUGCUCCGGCGAACAGCCGUGUAGGAACUGUUCGCGAAACAAUUUGGAUUGCGAGUUUGGCGAUGGGCGGAAGCGGUACUCUGAGGCGUGGGUUGAUUCCGAAAUCGGACUUCUCCAAAGUUGGCCCUAG